GCAAGGAGGAGGAAGAGGAGGAGGAGAAGAAGGCAGCACCCUUCCCCCUCCCUCUUCCCUUGUAUGGGUCCCAGCCCCCUCUCUUCCAUCCCCACAGUCUCUUCCAGCUCCUGCAGCGGCCCUUUAACCUCCUGUCGAUAGCAGCGACAGCAAGACUAUUGCCAUCUUACUGGGGAUUUGUGUGACAUUGUGGCUUUGCACUUGCUUUGGAUAGGAUGGUUGGCAUCCCGGGACCCUUUCAGUUUACUGGGGACAAGAGGGUGCCACCCAUGCCUGGGUCUCCCAUGGAAGUGAAGAUCCACUCCAGAUCCUCGCCGCCAACUAUGGCACCACUUCCUCCUGUGAAUCCUGGUGGCCCUCGGUCUGUUGCCUUUCCCCCAUCAUCACAUUCCAAUGGCAUCAACCAUUCUCCCCCCACAUUAAAUGGAGCACCAUCCCCACCUCAGCGUUCCAGCAAUGGUCCAUCAUCCUCCUCCUCCUCUUCCCUGGCCAAUCAGCAGCUUCCAGCCACCUGCGGGGUGAGGCAGCUCAGCAAACUGAAGAGAUUUCUCACUACAUUGCAGCAGUUUGGAAAUGAUAUCUCUCCUGAGAUAGGGGAAAAGGUUCGCACCCUCGUUUUGGCCCUUGUGAACUCAACUGUAACCAUUGAGGAAUUUCACUGCAAACUGCAGGAAGCCACCAAUUUCCCCCUGCGCCCCUUUGUCAUCCCAUUCCUAAAGGCCAACUUGCCUCUUCUGCAGCGGGAGUUGCUACACUGUGCCCGAGCUGCCAAGCAGACCCCUUCCCAGUACCUGGCACAGCAUGAACAUAUUCUCCUAAAUACCAGCACCUCCUCCCCAGCGGAUUCCUCAGAACUGCUUAUGGAAGUGAAUGGCAAUGGGAAACGACAUAGCCCUGACAGAGAAGAAAAUGGCUGCGAGAGAGAGCCUGCACCCCCCGAACCUCCAGUUAAGAGAGUCUGCACUAUCAGCCCAGCCCCCCGGCACAGCCCAGCUCUGUCCCUCCCCAUCGUGAACAGUACCAGCCACUUCCACCCAACACCACCACCCCUUCAACACUACUCCUUGGAGGAUAUUCCCAGCUCCCAGCUUUACAGAGACCAACUAAGCAAGAUCGCUGAACACCGAGACAUCAGAGAUCGGCAUCACAGUUCUGGAGUCAAUGGAAACUUAAAUAAUGGCUACCAAGAAGAACUUGUAGACCAUCGGCUGACAGAGAGAGAAUGGGCAGAAGAAUGGAAACAUCUGGACCAUGCACUGAACUGUAUCAUGGAGAUGGUGGAGAAGACUCGGCGCUCAAUGGCCGUGUUGCGCCGCUGUCAGGAAGUGGACAGGGAUGAGCUCAACUACUGGAAAAGGAGAUUCAAUGAGUCAAAUGAGAUCCGGAAGGGAAGUGAGCACCUCAGCAGGCAACACAGUCCUACCAGCACUGAUUCUGGAACCAGUGAUUCCAUUCGAGACUUUGGGAGCAGGACAGGAACAGGCUAUGUAACCGACGAGAUCUGGAGAAAAGCAGAGGAGGCUGUGAAUGAGGUCAAACGGCAGGCAAUGUCCGAAGUACAGAAAGCUGUCUCAGAAGCAGAGCAGAAAGCGUUUGAGAUGAUAGCAUCGGAGAGAGCAAGGAUGGAACAGACCAUCGCGGACACAAAGAGGAGGGCUGCAGAGGAUGCCUUCUUGGUUGUGAAUGAGCAGGAAGAGUCCACUGAGAGCUGCUGGAACUGUGGCCGGAAAGCCAGUGAGACGUGCAGUGGCUGUAACAUCGCUCGCUACUGUGGCUCCUUCUGUCAGCACAAGGACUGGGAGAAACAUCACCGCAUCUGUGGCCAAGGCAUACACACGCAGACAAAGCCACUUACUCCUACCCGUUCCCUCAUUCCCAAAGCCUCUGACCCCGUCCUGCUGAGCCCCACUCUGGAGAGAUCAUCCAGCGCCACCUCACGCUCUUCCACGCCUGCUUCUGUCACUGCCGUUGAUGGCCUGUGAAGGGGUUUAUCCCCCCUAUGGAUUUAUUUACCCCCUUUGCUGGGUAAAUCCACGAGACAGUAGACGUAUUGCCUGACAUUUUCCAAAAGGAAAGAAUCCACCCAGAGUUUAGGCAUCUUGAUUUUUUAAAAUCUGUUGGCACAUCAGAAUGCAAGAAGAAAGAAUAAAGAAGACGGAAUAGUCCGUGGGGCCGUUGGAUAAAAAAAAAGAUCCCCCAGCAUGUCUAUUGUAAUGGUCCAUUGGCCCAUCUCUUUCAAAAGGCAAUUGCCCAAAAGGCCCAGUGACACCUGUGUGACAAUAGCCUGGAUGUGAGUCCAGUGGACCAGCUUGCUACAGACCUUAAUCUGGGCCUCGGUGUGAUAUCCCAAUUAUAGAACGCUGACUGGACAAACCAAGUGAUGGGCAUUUUGCCCUUGUAUCCCAUAGGUUCAUGCACAGAAAAGAAAGAAUUCAUUACUUUUAGACAAAUUACCUCCAUUGUGAGAGACUAAAUACAUUUCCCCAUGCCUAAAGAAAUCACUAUACACACAUAAUCAUUCAAAUAUUGAAUAUUCUGUUCGUGUAUGGGAAUGUAUACAUGCAAAUGUGUGUCCUGUUGAAAGCUUUCCGUAUAAGAAGAACCCUCUUGUAUAUCCACACAUUAACUUUGCCUCCUCCCCUCUUCAAUAGCCCCUUUAAGUCCCUAUGCAACAUGGCUGUUUAGUAAUAGUAGCAGGACUACUUAUAAUCCAGUGCAUUCUGCAAUUUGCAUUUGGGCUAAUCACUCAACAUCCAUGCAAUGUGUGUACGUGACCUAUAUUGGAGGUACAACGUGGCAACCCUAAGUUUAGUACAUAAGUCCCUCAACCUAACCAUGUUGUUUAUCAGGGAGAAGCACUUGGUCACUUGGUUGAUUAAGAUGGAAAAAAAAAUCAGGCUAUUCGUAAAACGGAGAUUGUAUAAGGGAUAAUGUACCUCAUAUUGUAAAACAUGUGGAUAUUAGAGUCACUAAGCAUAUGGAUAGGCAUAUGGACUGUGCCAUUGUCUAGGAACGGGUCAACUAUGGGUUUGCAGCCCAAGGGAUUUACAAGUUGGCAGACUGGUAAAAAGAGGUGGCAAAUUCAGCGGGGUUAUAUUUUUCACAUCCAAAGAUCACAUGAUAUCACCAAAUCUGAGGAUGAAUGGUCAUUCUGUCCAUGUAGAUAUUGUAACAUAAUAAGGUUUAUUUUCUCUAUGUAUUUUUGUGUCUGUUGAAAGUGAUGAACGUCUCCUCCCACCGUCAGAGCUGCGGCGCUUCUUUGUCUGGUUUUAUAAAGCGCCGUUUCAUGAAUAAGCUAGGUACCUUAUGUGCAUCCUGUACAGAUUACAGAUAUACUAAUCAUUUAUUAUGGAGUUUAUUCAAUAAAGUUCAUUUUACCAGUA